CGGUUACAAAAGUGAGCGGUCGAGGCGCGCGCGCGCAUUUUCAACUUGGACCUUAAACUGACACCUUGUUUAAUAAAAAAUGUGGUCGAAAUUAUUAGUGGCUAUUUUAUUGUGUUGGGGGGUUGAGGGGUUCCCAGAUGGGGCGCCUAUAGAUGCCUGUGUCAAGGACCGGCCUAAUCAGCCCAAUCAUGGGCAGCAUCGGACGCAGCCGCUGAACACGCUGCCGUACAAAGUUUACGCUUCAGCGACCAAUUAUGGACCCAAUGCUGCAAUUACAGUUACCAUUGAAGGUGCCGAGACGUUCAAAGGGUUCUUUAUUCAAGCCCGUUCUGUCGAGGACGACCGGUGGCUGGGCUCAUGGGAGCAGGCUCCGAAUACCACGAUCCAUCCCGAGUGCGCCGCCGUCACACACGCUGAUCCCAGAGAAAAGACUCGAGCGACAUUGGUGUGGCGCGCCCCGCCAGAUGCACAGGGGAGGGUUUACUUCACAGGCACCGUAUUGAAGAAUUACUCAACGUUCUGGGCGAAUUUAAUAGCAGAGGCGCCACAGGAUCCAGCACAAUUGCAAAUUCUUGGCUGAACCAAUUUCAGUAUUGUUAAGCGAAAAUAGUGUUGAAAUUAUUGGAGACAAAUAUUUGUUACAAAAUUAUUCGUACAAAUAUCGGCCAAAAUUUGCAAGACAGAAAAUUCAAAUACUUAUUAACAAAUUUUAAUUUGUUUUCAUUGUCUCAAAUAAUUUCAACCAUUAAAUUAAGCGCUCUUUGUCAGCCUUUCGAGUUCUCUAGUCCGCAAUAAGCUAGAUCAGGGAUCACCAAUUAGUUUCUUCAGCGGUCCGGGGUUUUUUAUAUAAAAUUAACAUCGUGGUCCAUUUCUAUUUGAGGUUAUUAAUAAGAAAAAAAAUUAAAUAUUCCAUUUGGUGAGUUGGUGACCCCUGAGCUAUAGUAUAAAUUCAAGGAUUGCUAUUACUGGAGCCACAUUCAACAGGAGUCAUUAAUCAACAUUUCAGAGUACUUUAAUUAACCUUUUCAACGCUUUUCCACACGUGUCAAGAAAUGCCAUGGACGCCAAAAAGUUAACUGGUGAAGAGCGAAUAUGAAGCUUAACUGACAGUAGGAAAGUCGCUUUGACAACGUCCGCCAUAGCCUUUUUAAUGGUCAUUGGCGUCGCGGGCACGACAGAGGAUGACCGUUUUAGUGGUCUUUGGCGUUGAAAAGGUUAAAAGAAUUUUUUAAAUGGGUUGAAGUUGUAAAAUCAAAGGGGGCAAAGUUGUUGUUUAACCCCUUGUGCUCAUAUACACCCAACUCACAAGCAAGCAACUUCAAAAUAAAAACUACGAAAACUAAAAUAAAAUAUAAACUUCAACUACGAGCGUAGCGAGUAGAUUCUUAGCAUUGAGAGGGUUUCAAGGCACGAGGAUUGAACAAACUGCUCCCGAGUAAAACAAGAUUUUUCACCACACCAACGCGAGGAAAAUACUAAACGUCAAACAUUAAAAAUCAAAUUGAUCACUCAAAAUCAUCACCGAAAAGUCUAUUCUACUAGCCAGCAUGAGGUAACAACUCGAAAGUUUGCAUCAGCUUACUUUGCUACUCUUGUGGAUAAAAUGCAACUUUCUCAUAAGUUUUUAUAGUAUAAAGAGAAC